GCGUAUUUAUUCAUUUCGACAUUUAUUUAGUCAUUUUUUUAUUCGUGUAUUUAUUUAUUUCGAUAUUUCAUUUUUUUUAAUUUUGGCAUGAAAUAUCGUCCCUAGCAUUGGUCUCCAUGUCAAUGUUAGGAAAUUAAAUUCAUCCAGAAAGUGGUGGAGGCCAUGACAGUGCGGGGCAUGCGAUCUGUUUACACGGCGAGGCUGGGCGGCGUGUCCUGGGAGAGGGCAGUCGCAACCGACUCUCUCCAGCAGCACUUUGAACGCGGUCCCCGCUUUUUGGGGGCGUUUCGUUAAAAUAUGCUAGCUUUCGUGACCAGAGCAAUGGGUAAGCAGGCUGUGCUGAAGUCUGCCGGGCUGGUGAAGCCGGUGUCUGUCACCAGAAUCCCUGGGCGUUACCUGGUGCACCAGGAGGGCCUGCCCAAGCUGCCUGUGCCACCGCUUAGACAGACGAUGGGGCGAUACCUAGCGGCACUGCAGCCCAUCGUCAGCCAGGAGGAGCUGGAGCACACCCGGAUGCUGGUGGAGGAGUUCCAGAGGCCAGGGGGCGUGGGGGAGAGGCUGCAGAAAGGGCUGGAGAGGAAGGCCAGGAAAACCGAAAACUGGCUCUCUGAUUGGUGGCUGCAGACGGCCUAUCUGGAGUACCGGUUGCCCGUGGUGGUUCACUCGAGUCCCGGAGUGGUUUUACCGCGGCUAGAGUUCCACGACCGCCAGGGCCAGAUGUGGCACGCUGCUAAGCUGAUUGCCGGGGUCCUGGACUUUAAAAACAUGAUUGACAAUGAGACUCUGCCGGUGGAGUUCCUGGGAGGGAAGCCCCUGUGUAUGAACCAGUACUACCAGAUCCUCUCGUCGUGCCGAAUCCCCGGUCCCAAACGGGACUCCGUGGUGAACCACGCGCUCAGCAUGAAGCCGCCCUCUCACAUCACCGUGGUUCACAACUUCCAGUUCUUCGUGCUGGACGUGUAUAACAGUGACGGCUCCCCUCUGACAGUCGAUCAGAUCUACGUCCAGCUGGAGAAGAUCUGGAACUCCUCCCUCCAGACCAACAAGGAGCCAAUCGGGAUCCUCACCUCACAGCACCGGAACACCUGGGGCAAGGCCUACAACAACCUCAUCAAAGACAAGACGAAUAAGGAGUCGGUGCGGGCCAUUCAGAAGAGCAUCUUCACGGUGUGCCUGGAUGCCCCGAUGCCCCGCGUGUCCGACGAGCUGUACCGCAGUCGCGUGGCCACCCAGAUGCUGCACGGAGGGGGGAGUCGCUGGAACAGCGGAAACAGGUGGUUCGACAAGACCCUGCAGUUUAUAAUUGGAGAGGACGGGUCAUGUGGUCUAAUGUAUGAACACGCCCCCGCUGAGGGUCCGCCCAUCGUAGCACUGGUGGAUCACGUGGUGGAAUUCACAAAGAAGUCGGAGACGGUGCGCUCUCCCAUGAUCCCCCUGGCCAUGCCUCAGAAGCUGCGCUUCAACAUCACGCCCGAGAUCAAGAAGGACAUCGAGAAGGCCAAGCAGAACCUCAACAUGAUGGUGCAGGAGCUGGACGUGAAGGUGAUGGUGUUCUCCCACUUUGGGAAAGAAUUCCCCAAGUCUCAGAAGAUGAGCCCCGACGCCUUCAUUCAGAUGGCCCUGCAGCUUGCUUACUACAGGAUCUACAGUCUCUGCUGCUCCACCUAUGAGAGCGCAUCCCUGCGAAUGUUCCGUCUCGGACGCACUGACACAAUCCGCUCGUGUUCCCAGGAGUCUCUGCUCUUCGUGCGGGCCAUGGACGACGCAGCCAAGCAGAACCAGGAGAAGGUAGACCUGCUGCAGAAGGCGAUCCAGGCACACAGAGCCUACACUGAUAUGGCCAUCCAGGGGCAGGCAAUAGACAGACACUUGCUGGGUCUGAAACUGCAGGCGAUUGAGGACCUCACCACCAUACCCGAGAUCUUCAUGGACACAGCCUACGCUGUCGCCUUGCACUUUAACCUGUCAACCAGCCAGGUUCCUGCCCAGACGGACUGUGUGAUGUGUUUCGGGCCCGUGGUCCCCGAUGGCUACGGCGUUUGCUACAACCCCAUGGCCGAGCACAUCAACUUCUCCGUCUCUGCGUUCAACAGCUGCGCCGAAACCAACGCGGCGCGCCUCUGCCACUUCCUGGAGGAGGCCCUGGUCGACAUGAGGGACCUCCUGAUGCAGACGCCCCGGUCCAAGCUCUGAACGGCCCCCCCCCCCCCCCCCCCCCCCGAUCGUCCCGCACCGCUUUGUGUUUCAUUGGAAAGAGGGCAGAUUACAGAAGGAACGAUAAAGAGACAGCUUACUGCCGUCGACCUCUGUCUGGAUCAAUAGCAAGGCAGUGCGUCUGUUCCAACAUAGGACUGCUGAUUCCGAUUGCAGACAGAGCCGGCUGGUUUUCAGCUCAGGGAGCCCCCCCUACUGUUUCUACAGUGCAACUGCAGUUUGCCUAUUUUUAGAAUAGGUGCCAACCUUUUGGAGUAACAAAUGUUAUUCCAUUAUAAUUCACAAAAGUCACACCUGGCCUUUUUAUCUUUGCAGGUUUUUUUUUUUUUUUCAUUCAUGCCUUGUCUGUCACCAGGGGUGCUGUUGUAUCUCAGCGAGGAAUAUUUUUUAGUUACAUCUGCAAGAAAUCAUCAAUAGAAAAAUAUUAGAGAAGUAAGCAAGAUAAAAAAAAAUAUAUAUAUGUGUGUGUGUGUGUGUGUGUGUGUGCGUGUGUAGAUUUGACAAACUGCACUAUAUGUGAUGAAUAUAUUAUUAAGUGUAUCUCAGCUGUGUGCAGUGGAUCUUGUUCAUUGAUAAUCCUGCCCUGAUGCUAAUCUGUGUUUGAACAUGCACAGUGUUUAGCUGUGUGCAGUGGAUCUUGUUCAUUGAUAAUCCUGCCCUGACAGCUGCAGCACAGAUGAUAUACAAAACAUUUGCGAUGUGCACAACGCCCACAGAGCAGAGGAAUACUGAGCACAAUGAAUCAGUGGCAGGCUCUUGUACAGCACAGUGUUUGCAUGUAUAGUGUACUGUUAACAUGGGAGAACCAUUUGCAUAUGUCUUAUUCUCAAAAUGAUUAAUUUAUAAUGCAUUUAUUAGACUAGAAAUUGGGAGUUGUUGCAGCGCACAGAAAACAUCAGCACAUCAAUCCUCUUUUCCCUGGAGUUUUACUGAGUGUGCCAACUGGUAUUUAAUUAUUUACUGUAUAUCAUUUUAGAGAUGAUACAUAGAAGAGAGAAUUUAAAAAAUCAAGAAAAACGUUUUUUAUGGAGCUUGGGAUGUUGGAAAGCGUUUUUGUUUGGCUUGGUCAGUGCAUUUCCAGCUCCUCUCUGGGAUAAUGAAAAUCAAGUGCCUGCAUGCUAGUUAACUGUGAAUUAGCUGAAUCUGUGAAUCAUCUACCCCUCCUCCUCAAGCGCUGGGCUGGCGUGAUGCUGUUUUGCUUGGGGUUAGAGUUCCAGGGCUUUCUUUCAUUGUACAACAACAAAAAAAACCUUCCCCUUUCUUUAGGGAAGUUAGGCUUUGAAAUCUGCAGUAAAGUCAGUUUCCCAGAUUCCAGAGUCAUCAGUCUUGAGACGGCUCUUGGCUGUUUUUUAUCAGCUGAAAUAGAGAUGAACCUGAGAACUGAAGCCCUGAUGGUGCUUUCCAAUCUGUUUACAAUGCAGUGCUGUGUAAUGGCUCGCAUGUUGAGUGCUAAAGGGUUACCUCCAAACUCGUGUUUCGGAAUUUUUUAGCAAUGUUGGGAUUAGGGUACGUAAUAAACCGAUCCCAUAGUGUGCUGAUUUUUGUAUUAGAACAAGAUUUGGGAUUGUUCUCCUUUUUCAUAAACUGUGCCGUUGGAUUGUCGUUUGCAUUUGUUGGAUUGUGUUUUAAGAUUUUGUACUCGGUGCAUUAAUUUUUUUUGAAAUUGUCAAUGAUCUUGUUUUGGGUGGGGAAGUGUCUAUAUUGUGCUAAAGCAGAAUAACAUAUCGCUGAAAAUCUGGACCCCGCGUGCUGGAUACAAUAAUAUCGUCUGUAACUACCGAUCAGUCAAUAGCGCUGAAUUUCAAAAUGCUAAAAGAAACUUCGUUCAUGUAGAAGGCAGUGGAUGACACUGAAAAAGACUUCCAGUCGAAACUCCUGCCAUUGAAUUGAUGCUGUUUCUUUUAGGGUUCCCGGAUAUAGUAAUAGAAAAAAAAAACUACAGCUUGUGUUUUCUGAUCGGGUCUAUAGCUGGUCAGUGCUAAUGUCCGAGGGGCUGUAUUUACCUGCUAGUAGGUUACAGCUCUCAGAACGGUGUCUUCUUUCCUGUCUUGCCGUUUGUUUGAGUAGCACCAUUGAAAGGUAAUGGAUCAUUGAGCUGUGCUGUAUUUUAUGAUUGUGUCUGUAAGCAUGUAUGUGAUUUAAAGAAGAGCCUUAAGCAGAUUUGUGAUGUAAAAGAGAAUGGUCUGCUGUGCAGCGUGCUGCUGAAGAGAGAAACACAGUCCUUCACAAGCACAGCGAGCUGCAGGGUGUGCAGGUCCUC